UCUAAGCUAAUUAUAAAUUAGCUAGCUACGAUCCCUCACCCAAUUCAGCAUAUAUAAUGCACAAUGGACUCUGAAAAUAUUCAGUCUUUGUUUUCCUCAUCAUCAUCAUCAUCUUCCUCAUGCCAGCUUUCUCCAUACAGAGCAUGGCAGAACCCUAACCCUCCAUUAAUAUCCCAAGCUCCAUGCAUAUCAUCACAGAAGCGAAUUAAAGCCGGGAGAAAGAAGUACAAAGUGAGGCGCCACCCAUUAUAUAGAGGUGUUCGGCAAAGAAAUGGCAAAAACUGGGUUUCUGAAGUACGUACUGGACCGAAAAGUAAGUCGAGAAUAUGGUUGGGGACUUAUGCUGCCCCAGAAAUGGCAGCUAGGGCAUAUGAUGCGGCUGCCUUAGCAAUUCGGGGAACUAUGGCUGUGCUCAAUUUUCCUGACUCAGCUUGGCUUGUUCCACGAGCUAGGUCAUCUUCUCCUAGGGAUAUACAGGUGGCCGCUUUAAUGGCUGCCGAGGCUUUUAAGCCAGGCGUUGUAUCGUCUUCCUCCUGCUCCUCCAGUACUACCCUUCUACCUAAUAAGACCCAAGAUAAGGUUUUGGAAACUUCCAAGGGAGAGAACAAAGAUCAGAAGGUCUUAGAACCUUUGUCAUUAGAAAUUGUCUCUGGUAAUAAGAGCUCCUCUGAUGAUGGUGAAGAGGUUCCAAACCAGUAUAGUACGUUUUUCUUUGACGAGGAAGCAUUGUUCAAUAUGCCAGGUUUAUUGGACAGCAUGGCGGAGGGCUUGAUUCUUACACCACCAGCUAUAGGUGGAGGAUUUGAUUGGGAUGAUCAUGACUUUACAUGUGACAUGGAUUUGACUUUAUGGAGCGAUUGAUUAUAUCAAAUUAGGUCAUGUUGGCAGCAGAUAUAUCAAGAUGAGGCCAGAAAGAGAUCAUGCAUUCAUGUGAUCAUCAUAAUUUGCCGGCCAACUAAGGAUCGAUAAUAUAUAUAGCAUGAUUAGCUAUACGUACGGUAAACUAUAUACAUACAUACAUAUAUACAUACAUACAUAUAUACAUACAUAUAUAUAUCUCAGAAAUUUGGGAUAUAUUUAGCAGCGACAAAAUUAGUUAAUGCAAAAGAUUGAAAAAUCGUCGGUACUAAACAUCAUUUCCAACUGUUUUUGAAUGGUUGCCAUAGUU